ACCACGAAAACGAAACUAAACGAAACGAAAUAAUAACAAACAGACUAAAUGGCUAUUUGUGUUGCAGUUAUUGGAAAAGAAAAUUCACCCAAGUUUAUAGCUUGUUUGAGGGAGGAGCAAGAGUUGCAGUUUCAUUACAAGGUCCACACAUCUCUAGACAUUGUAGAGGAGAAGCUAUCGUCCCCAGGCAAAGUGAGUGGAGAUUUGCGGGAACUCUACCUCGGACUUCUCUACUCCACUGAAGAACAGAAAAUAUUUGGUUAUGUAACCAACACAAAAAUUAAAUUCAUCAUUGUGGUAGAUUCAGCCAAUUCCAUGCUGCGGGAUAAUGAAAUACGAACCAUGUUUAGAAAGCUGCAUGCAGCGUACACAGAUGUGGUGUGUAAUCCAUUCCAUGUACCGGGAGAUAAGAUAGAAUCAAAAAAGUUUGAUGCAGUUGUGAGAGCCAUCCUUCAAGGGAAUUGAGUAACAAAGAAGUGCAACAUCAACGCCACAUCAAAGAUGUUAUAUGUGUAAAGGAAACAUAGUUCUCCUUUUUAUACCUUGUAAAUUUGUAUUUAAUCAUUCAUUGUAUAAAUAUGUCAUAAGUUAAUGAAUCCUAUUGACUAAAAAAAAUGUUUAUAUUUUU